AUGCCUUUGAGAUGCUCCAACAACGCUGUUUUCUUACUGGACACGUCAAAGUUAGACAGCUACUACGAUUUUAAAGCAGACGACCUAGGAACGUGGAGAAACAAUGGAAAGAAAGAAGCGACGUCAUCAAUUAGUGGCACCGAUGUCACGCUAAUUAGAACAUACUACGUUCAUUCGAAGCACCAUGACUUCAAAAGGCGCACAGCGGAGUUGCUGCGUGGUGGAGAAAAAAGCCCCCUAGUACUCUUACGAUAUCUAUUUGAAGGUCAAGAGCACACUAUUGAGUACGCUCCACACGGAAAUAGAACGACCGAUGACUAUCCACACCUUAGAACGCGACAGAGUACAAAAGACUCAAUUCGAGACGCGCCGAGUCAAUCUCGCUUCUCUGGCCAUCCCACUGACGUGUACGACCAGGUCUGUGAAGCCGCUGGCGGCGUGUUUCAAUGCAACAGCAGCUCAGCUAUGCCUAGAAACAUCCAGCAGGUCUGGAACAUCAACAGGCACAACAAUGAUGUCGUUGUAGAGAAAGACGAGCUAUUUGCAUUGAUCAAGCAAUGCAAAGAAGACGAAAGUUCCCAAAAGCCAUUUCUUCGGUUUGUGCAAGGAGCUCCUUACCCCAUGUGCUUUCUCGCCAAUGAUAGGCAGUUACACGACAUCGUAAAAUGCUGCACUAACCAAAAGAAAUUUGCUAUUUUGGGGUUGGACACUACCUACAACUGUGGUGAGUUCUGGCUGACGACGACAGCCUACAAACAGCUACAGUUACGAACCCGACGAGGAGGCAAUCCUCCAGUGUUGAAUGGACCAGCACUUCUUCACAAGACAAAGGAUGAGGCAGCGUUUCGCUACAUGUCGUCAUGUAUGACUAGGCUAUGCCCAGACAUACAGAACGUACGUUCCGUUGGGACUGACAGAGACAGGGCACUAUUCAAUGGCUUUUUACAGCAAUUCCCACGUGCUAUUCAUGUUUUAUGCAAAAAGCAUAUGGAAGACGACAUCCAAAGAAAGCUGACCCACCUAGGAAUCACGGGAAACUACAAAAUAGACUUCAUCAAAGACAUCUUUGGAUCAGCAGCUGAACAUCAGUCCGGUAUGGUAGACUGCACGGAUGCAUCAGAAUUCCGGCAAAAAUUGGCUGAAUUCAAAGACACUUGGGAAAGCAGAGAGCGACUGGCACGAGACAGCAAUUCUUGCUCAUUCUUUUCCUGGUUUGAAAAAUACCAGGCGAAGGAUAUAGAAGAGAAGAUGUUACUCAACAUAAGACGGAACGCAGGGUUAGGCGACGAGUUCUUUCUCAACAACGAUGUUGAGAGUUCCCACCAUGCUCUCAAACACUCCUGCCACCACAAAUUGUCUGACUGGCCAACAUUUGUGAAAAAAUUACGUGAGCUUGUAGACAGACAACAAAGAGAUGUGGAAAGGUCUCUUGUUAAUACCGGCCCGUACAAACUAGCGCCACACUACAACAAUUUAGAAGUCUCUGUGGACAGGUGGUUUAGUGACAUGAGCGAAGAGCAGCGCGUACGUUACAUCCAGCGUUUCUUGCGUCGUCCUCUCAUUACUAGUCCUCGUAGUACUCCACCAGCUCAAAAGUCUGUGAAGAUGCCCAUGGCCCAAGACAUCCAACAGAAGCACUCUUCGGAAAAGGACAGCACAAGAGAACUGCCCAAGUUUGAAGACACAGGACUACCGCCACUCACUUACGCCGGUUCAUGGAGAAACGCGCAGAAAAUACUGAACACACCAAACGGUAUUGUCGAUGCUCCAGGUAAUUCCGGUGGAAAAAUGGUGAUUAGCCUUACCACAUCACAGCCUCAUCUUGUCAAAACGCCAGGAACAGGUAAAUUUGUGUGCGGAUGUCAAGCUUACCGUGAACGCAAUUUGUGCGCUCACGCAAUUUCUACAGCUGCGUAUACCUGCCAAAUUUGGGAAUUACUGUCAAAUUUCCAUAAAAGUGCGCGAUCAAGCGACCUUAUGGAAUGCUCCAGCCAAGGGGCACCCAAACAGAUAGGAAAAAAGCCUGGACAUCGGGAGAGAAAAAGAAAACGCACCUGUUCUCCCAGAAAAACUGAGAGCAUGACGUCUAGACAGCCAAGUGCCAACAUCCCCAGGGCAGCCAAGAAGUCCCGACCAGAAAAUCCUUCCCAAUCACGAGAAGACCGUCUCACGUACAAACUAAAAUGGUUGAAAGGUACACGGGUAAAGAAAUGCUAUGGCUGCGAAGGUUCCAUUCGUGAUCCACCUCAUGUACCUCCUCCACCCAAUGACAUGGUCUUCACUUGCAACGAGUAUAGAUUGUACCCCACUACAGAGGGAACAUUGAGAUUCUCCAUGAAAAAGGAAGCCACUCAUUAUCAUUUAUCUAUUGCUUGCAUUCAACAAAAAAACACGAACUUCAAUCCUCAAGAUGUUGAAAUAUUAGAGGAAGACCGUAAACGAUUUCUUGUAAGCCACAAAGAGCUCCUUAAAGUUAUCUUGGGUGUUGACAUGUAGCUUAGUAAAAGAACUGCUAAAAGAUUUAGUUAGAAAAAGAUUUGUUUUCAAUUGUUGGGCAGACUCAUUGAUCCUAGGAUCAUUUUAGCGUAAACAAACAGCUAAGAAGAGUUCAGGACAUGCUACAAUACAAUUUUGUCAAUUUUUUGCUUGCUGUUAUCAAAAGAACUGUUUACAUAAUAAGUGCUAGACUAAUUAAUUAAUACCAUUCAAACACACACUUUC